UCCACAAAACCAUUCCAGUGCCCCAGAGGUCCACAGACAUCCAGGAAGAUGCAGCCGGCAGAUAAAGAAUGGCAGCCACCCAAGCGCUGAGGGGAGCCCCCCCGGCCACUUCUGUCACGGCUCCAAGGGUCUCCCCACGAUGGCCUGCAACAGCACAUCCCUCGAGGCUUACCCAUACCUGCUGCUAAACACCAGCAAGGCCUCGGAUUCCGGGCCCACCCCUCUGUUCGUACCCCUCAGGAUCUCCUUGGCCAUAGUGAUGCUGCUGAUGACCGUGGUGGGGUUCCUGGGCAACACGGUGGUCUGCAUCAUCGUGUACCAGAGGCCGGCUAUGCGCUCGGCCAUCAACCUGCUGCUGGCCACUCUGGCCUUCUCCGACAUCAUGCUGUCCCUCUGCUGCAUGCCCUUCACUGCCAUCACCCUCAUCACCGUACACUGGCACUUUGGGGACCACUUCUGCCGCCUCUCAGCCACGCUCUACUGGUUUUUUGUCCUGGAGGGCGUGGCCAUCCUGCUCAUCAUCAGCGUGGACCGCUUCCUCAUCAUUGUCCAGCGCCAGGACAAGCUGAACCCGCGCAGGGCCAAGGUGAUCAUCGCGGUCUCCUGGGUGCUGUCCUUCUGCAUCGCGGGGCCCUCGCUCACGGGCUGGACGUUAGUGGAGGUGCCGGCGCGGGCCCCGCAAUGCGUGCUGGGCUACACGGAGCUCCCCGCCGACCGCGCCUACGUGGUCACCCUGGUCGUGGCCGUGUUCUUUGCACCCUUCGGCGUCAUGCUGUGCGCCUACAUGUGCAUCCUCAACACGGUCCGCAAGAACGCGGUUCGCGUGCACAACCAGUCGGACAGCCUGGACUUGCGACAGCUCACCAGGGCGGGCCUGCGGCGCCUGCAGCGGCAGCAGCAGGUCAGCGUGGACUUGAGCUUCAAGACCAAGGCCUUCACCACCAUCCUGAUCCUCUUCGUGGGCUUCUCCCUCUGCUGGCUGCCCCACUCCGUCUACAGCCUCCUCUCUGUGUUCAGCCAGCGCUUUUACUGCGGCUCCUCCUUCUACGCCACCAGCACCUGCAUCCUGUGGCUCAGUUACCUCAAGUCCGUCUUCAACCCCAUCGUCUACUGCUGGAGAAUCAAAAAAUUCCGUGAGGCCUGCAUAGAGUUGCUGCCCCAGACCUUCCAAAUCCUCCCCAAAGUGCCUGAGCGGAUCCGAAGGAGAAUCCAGCCGAGCACAGUCUACGUGUGCAACGAAAACCAGUCUGCGGUUUAGGGGCCAGGGGGCCACAGAGAAAGGGCAGCUGAGCCCAGGUCCCAGGGUGGGCUGGUCUGUCCUGCUCUGUUCCCCGGCGCGUUGGUUAUAGUCUAUACUUUGUGGUGGCUAUUUAAGCACAAAGGUACUCCUUUGUAGUCAGAUGAGCUGCAGCUUCCAAAUUUCAGAUUUUGGCGAGAUGAAUUAUUUUUGUUUCUCUUUGCAGAAGAGCUGAAUAUGGGGCUGAUGGGAACUGCAAAGUCCUUAAGGCAAAAAUGGAGUGGGCUGGGGAGAGCAGAAGUUGGGCAGAAAGGGAGGAGGAGGGUGACAGGGAGUGAAGCUGGUUGAGUGUGGGGCAGGAGGAGGCGUCGGUCACAAGAGCUUCAACCUGCCCUCCGAGCCCUCUCUGCACCUGCUCAGGAGAAACCCCAAUAGCUGUCAGCUCCUGGGUGUUCAUUCAUUUUGUUUGACACCAGAGCGCUUCAGUUAUUGAUGUCUGUGGUGUGUGGGA